UUCACCUCACACCUUUCACUUUCAGUACCCUUGCAUUGCAUUGCAUGCAUAUAUUCAUUCACACUCAUACUCAUUAAACCCUACUGCACCCUUCCACCAUUCGCCGCCGUUCUCCUCCGUCUUCGUUCCCUUCCCCGCUCUUUUGUGAGUACCAGAGGGGUGUGCCACAAUGGUGUUUUCGGAGAAUGAGAUGACAAGGCUGUAUAGGAUCAGGAAGACAGUGAUGGAGAUGCUUAGGGAUAGGGGUUACCUUGUUGGAGAUUUUGAGGUUAACAUGUCAAAAGACGAAUUCAGGGAGAAGUAUGGAGAGAACAUGAAGAGAGAAGACCUUGUCAUCAACAAGGCCAAAAAAAACAAACCCUCUGACCAGAUUUACGUCUUAUUCCCGGAGGAAGUCAAGGUCGGAAUCCAUGUUUUGAGGACUUACAUAAAUCGUAUGAAAUCCGAGAAUGUCUACAGAGCCAUCCUUGUUUGCCAGAGCAGCCUUACUACCCAAUCGAAAAAUUUCAUCUUUGAAAUGGCCUCCAAAUUUCACUUGGAAAUCUUUCAGGAGGCAGAAUUGUUGGUUAACGUGAAAGAUCACGUGCUUGUGCCAGAACAUCAGGUUCUCACUGACACUGAGAAGAAAACCUUGCUAGAGAGGUACACCCUCAAGGAAACUCAGCUACCUAGAAUUCAGGUGAAGGAUCCUGUUGCAAGAUAUUAUGGCCUGGAUCGUGGAGAAGUUGUUAAGAUAAUCCGCCCAAGUGAGACUGCAGGAAGAUAUGUUACAUACCGAUUUGUUGUAUGAUUUCCGUUGUUUCUCUACAGUAUAGACCUACUUGUGAUGCUUGAGUACAAUACAUUUUCUUUUCUACUGAGACUAAGUUCCUUCCGAAGCAAACUUGAAUCCGUUUAGUUCUAUAUAUGUUUCCUGGUGAAAUUGUUAAGAUUUAAAGAAUCUUCUAUUUGUAAAGAGCCAUCUUCUGAUAUUUCCAUAGAUUUCAUGUUAUUAUGUAAAGGUAACUGGCAGGAAUUAGAGCAGUUAUUCAAUUAUUAUCGAGACUUCAAUUGAUAUGGGAAGUGGAAAUGGACCAAAUGGUUACUCAUUGUACCAUCUAUUAUAAUCAAAUCCUUGACUGAAUUAA